GGGAAUCACCCACCUGGUGUCCCAGGUCAAAAUCAGUCCCUGAUUAGACGGGGGGGAAAACAAUGAAAAAAAAUCAGUGGAACUGUCUUUGAGGUCCAGAGUUGAAUGUGAGGGCUCUAUAGGGGCCUAUCAACCCAGGAUGCAGGGGGGCUCUGGUCUGGCCCAGCCCCAGCCACGAUGCCCAUCACCCAGGAGAACGCCCUGAGCCACCUCCCCCUGUUGGAGGACUGGCUCCUGGGGGUACAGACCAGGGACCAGGACAACUAUGGAGACCCAGACCAGCAGUCCACCAUCAGCAGAGACCCGGACCAAGACUCUUACCAGGAGUCAGAACACGAGGUGGAUGCUUGCGGCAUGGUCAGCGACGGCACGGUCAACAGCAGCAGCAUGGUCAGCGACGGCACGGUCAACAGCAGCGGCACGGUCAACAGUGACGGUACGGUCUGCGACAGUACCAGUGGAGACAUGUCUCUAUGUCAGGCCUCUAUACAGAAACUGAUGGAGUACAUUCAGCUCAACUUCACAGAGGACGAAGAGCCCAACGUUGUGGCACGACCCACAACGCCGUGCGGAGGUGUGGACGCGGAGGUGCGAGCCGUGUCUCUCACCAAGAGGGAGGGGGACGGGGCAGAGCUGGGACUGAGUUUCGGUAACAUCCCGAUAUUCGGGGAUCCGGAGGGGGAGAACAGGAAGAAGGGAGGAGGGAGGAGGAGGAGGAAGGGGGAUCAGGGACCCGUGUUGGACGUGGGGUGUAUCUGGGUGACGGAGGUGAGGAAGAGAAGUCCGGCGGCGAGGUGCGGUAGAAUUAAACUACGAGACGAGCUGCUGUCACUCAACGGUCAGCUGAUGGUGGGCGUCGACGUCACGGGAGCCAGUUACCUGGCUGACCAGUGCUGGAAUGGCGGCUGCAUCUACCUGAUCAUGCUCCGGAGGAUCAAGCGCAAAGCCCCUCUCCCUCCAUGCAAUGGAAACAGCAAAGUCACCAACAGUGGUGGCUCCGCCCACUCCCUGGACGACCUGAGCGGCAUCUCCUCCGAGCCUCCCAGUAGCCUGCUGACGCAGAACGGCGAUGGCAAACGUUUGCGAAAGUUCGGCGUCAUCUCCCGGUCGUCGUUAAAUCGUGAUAGUUCGGACGGUAGCUGUGACGAUGGCGGCAGAGAGACACUGGAGAAUGGUUACCACGGCUACAGAGGAUCCACAGUAUCCAUGGAGAUGGAGGUCACGCCCCCUGAGGGGAGACCAGGAAGGAAGGAUGAGGGGCCCAUGACUGUCCUGCCCCCUCUAGCGAUCCCCCGCAACCUGCUGAACAGUGGAGGGACCGCCACCCUGCCGAACCGCUCCCACAGGGGACUGUCAGAACACAAGACAGAGUCAUUCAGCAGUGAUACCUCCAGUCAGCCCAGAGAGGGGAGUCGAAUCUGGAAGAUGCACAUGGUGAAAGGUCAGGAGGGGCUGGGGAUCCAGAUUACGGGAGGACGAGGGUCCAAGCGCUCCCCGCACGGCAUCAUCAUAGCGCACGUAGAGGAGGGAGGCGCCACACAGAGGGACGGGCGGCUGAAGGCUGGUGAUGAGCUCUUGAUGAUCAACGGUCAGUCUCUGGUUGGUCUGUCUCAUUCAGAGGCCGUGGCCGUCCUCCGCUCCUCCGCUGGACUGGUACAACUGGUGGUCGCUAGCAGGGAGGAGUCCGAGGUGGAUUUCCACCGUUACCCAUCCACCAGCCUGCCAGACCUGGUCAGUACUUCCUCCUCCUCUCCUUCUCCUAGCAACAACAUGGAACCUCGUCACGGCCUGACCUCCAGCAGCCUCUCUCUACCCGCUACGCUGACUGAUCUGGAGAAGCUAGAGGACCGAGGCCAGAUGGAGGGACCUAAAGGAACCUGCCGUUCUCCUACAUCCAUGAAGUUCAGGACCAGAUCACAAGGGGGCGGUAGUCGUCUGGAGUCUGUUGGAGAGGAUGACGAGCUGAUCGUGGAGAAUGGAGAGGAGGGAAGUGACAUGGUGGAGAAACCGACACGAGGCGGACGCAAACACUCCUUGCCUCAGCAGUUAGACACUGUGGGCGUCCGACAGGAGUAUCAGAUAGUUAAGAAAUCAGCUCGCUCCCUGAGCACCGUUCAAGUGGAGUCUCCAUGGCGACUGGCCCAGCCGUCUAUUAUAUCCAACAUUGUCCUUAUGAAAGGACAGGGCAAGGGACUGGGGUUCAGCAUCGUCGGAGGUCAGGACUCUGCCCGAGGAAGGAUGGGGAUCUUUGUCAAGACUAUCUUCCCUAACGGAGCAGCGGUCGCAGACGGACGACUGAAAGAGGGAGAUGAGAUUCUGGAGGUGAAUGGAGACUCUCUCCAAGGCCUGACCCACCAGCAGGCCAUCCAUACCUUCAAGCAGCUGAAGAAGGGCGUGAUAACCCUGACUGUGAGGACUCGUCUCCGCAGCCCCAGCCUGACUCCGUGCCCUACCCCCACCCUCCUCAGUCGCUCCUCCUCCCUUAACUCCAACGCCAGCGGGGGAACCCCCAUACCCUCCACUUUCGACGAAACCCCCGAAGUCCGCAAGGGACCGCCCAGACCUGGCCCCAAGGACCGCAUCAUUAUGGAGGUUACACUCAGUAAAGAGCCUGGGGUGGGUCUGGGUAUAGGGGCCUGCUGUCUAACUCUAGAGAACAGUGUUCCAGCCAUCUACAUCCACAGUCUGGCCCCCGGCUCUGUCGCCAAGAUGGAUGGACGACUCAGUCGAGGGGACCAGGUGUUGGAGGUGGACUCAGUGAGUCUGCGUCACGUGGCUCUGAGUGAGGCCUACGCCAUCCUGAGUGAGUGUGGACCCGGACCCGUUAGCCUCAUCAUCAGCCGACAUCCCAACGCCAAGGUUUCAGAGCAGGAGAUGGAUGACGUGAUCAGUCAGUCCACACACAGAGACAGUCUGAGCAAGGAAGGACACGUCUCUCAAACACUAGGCCUGCCCUCUAAGAGCCCCUCCCCCACAGUGAAGGCCAAACAAGGAGAUGGCUCCUCCCUCAGCUGGACCAUGAAGAGGUUCCUGGAGCCCGCUAGCAGGCAAGGGUCACUGAGUUCGGAGGCGGAGCUAUCUCAGUACUUCUCCCAGGAAGUGACCAGUCAUUCGUCGCUGUCAGAAACCAUGGCGAUGUGCUCCAGUGAUGACGACAUGCUCAACCACAGGAGCUGCAACACCACCCCCCCUACACAGCCACAUGUGGAGGUUGGGGCCCGCGGAGACCCUGUGGUUAACCGGCCGGCGGAGGCCAACCAGCCCAGUGUGGGUAGUCCCGGUAGCGGCGCAGUCCGCAGCCCGCUGCUCCGACAGAGACGGGUCGUCUGCUAUGAGGAGGAGAUCAGCGAUGAUGAUGAUGAUGAAGACGAUGCAGUGACCCCGCCGGUCCACCGGGUGGCUGGUCGUGGCACUACCCCCGUGGUGCUUGCUGACUCUGGUACUGUGAUCGCUACAUCAUCAGUUGAGGUGGACGAGGGACCGCUCUCCCCGCUCUACGGAAUCUCUCUGGGGUCAGAGGAAGGGGUCGGGGAAGGAGGGUCUAGCCCCACGACAGGCCCUAGUAACCUGGGUGUGAGGAAGGACCUUCAGGGUCCCCUGGAGCCCAAGCGCUCCCCCAAGCUGGAACACAAGGCUGUGACCCGCGUCAAGAGCAUGAUGAGCAUCGAGGCCCCGCAAAUCCAGCCAACUAACCAGCAGAACCAGAGAACCAAAGGAGAGGAGUCUCCGACCUCCCCAUCCUCCCAGUUUCUGGCCCCUCAGUUUGGGGUAGGUUCCAGCUGCUCCUUAGGACGGCCUGGUUCUAACCCCAACCCCCUCUGUAAGAAGGGCGAGGCCUGCAGCGAGCUGGCGGGGGUCUGCACCAUCGACAAGGUGGUCCUGAGGAGGAGUGAGGAGGAGUCCUUCGGUCUGGACCUGGAGAUCAAGUCUUCUCCUCUGAAGGUGGUGAUCACCGGACUGAGGCCUGGAGGAGCGGCCGAGAGGGAAUCCCAGGGCAGGAUGUGUGUGGGAGACGAGAUCAUAUCGAUCGGGGAAACUCCCGUCGGCUCCUCUUCCUACCACGACGUCUGUGAGCUCAUGCACAACCUUCCUGUGACGCUCAGGCUAGAGGUCAAGAGGCCUGUGUCAGCUGUAGAUCGCCUCUCCAGCCUCAUGAUGUCAUCGGGGAGUUGUGAUGUCUUCGAACCCUCCGUACUGGAUCAGUCCAGAACUUCCCAGGAGGCCAAUGGGGGUUAUCCAAAUACAGGGAUUCCCUCCUCCUCCUCCUCCUCCUCAGCAACAAAUCACAAUUUCAAACCCACAGCCCCAACCAACCACAGCAGUGAAAUACCUGUCACCUACAUCGAUGACGUCAUGACCGAACUAAGUUCCUCCGAUGUUGAGAGUGCGCUCUCGUCCAAAACCCCCAAAGCCCCUUCAGAAGCACAAUGUACUGAGACUACAUCCUGCAAAUCAGCUCUAGACAGCAAGGCCCUGCCAGAGAAAGACAAAAGUAAUGUUCAGACUCCUCCAACACGGCCCAGUCAGUUGGACUUCUCUUUCUUGGACUCUGGAAACAAUGGUCGCCUCUUGCCUGUGGGUAAAACAUUCUUGAACAAUUACUCCAGAAACUUUAGCAGUAAUCUCACAGACGAGGGGAAGAAUGCUCUUUCAAACGGGGUGGAGAAACCACCUGGUGCCUCUGCCGCCUCAAAGUGCCACAUGUACAACCUGGUCGAUGACAGCGAUUCAGAGAGUGAAGACACAGUCACCGACAACAGCCAUGGCGCUGCCGGCGAUAACAAACCGGGGAGCCGCGUUGUCGGCGCUGAGCCACAGGACACAGAUUCUGAUGAGGAGGAAGUGGAGAUUUGUUACAGUGAGUCCCAGCGGCCCAGCACUCUGAGCCAGGCAGCGCUGACUCACCCAACAGAUGGGCCAUUGUCUCCCCAGCUCUCUAUCCCUAUCUCUGGCUCUGACGGCAGCCACAAUACAAAGGAGUCUGGGCCCUUUGAUGUAGUAGUAGACUCUACUGCUUCUGCCACUUCUGAUGCUGCUAUGACGGCAGCUACUCACCCUGCUGCUGCCUCUCAGAAAAACAAAGACUGCUCUGUGGUAACAACAACCCAAUCCAACCCUAUCACUUCCCCCUCGCUGUCUCAGAGUCUAUCUGGCUCGCAGUCCUCAGGUGCCUGUUUGACUGCAGAGUCCAAAGCUAGCCCUUGCCAAAUGGUGCACCCCCAGUCUUCCAAGGACACAGAUUCUGUACCCACUCCAGGCCCAGCAAGGUCUUCAGAAUGCUUUGCCAAUGGGGUUAGUGGCAGCAACGUUGCUACACCUGUGAUAAAACCCAGCCAGGCAACUUCUGUUGUAGCAGCUACCCAAAGCCUCACCCCACGGAGUCAGGAGAGGACAGCCAGGCCGACAUCAGGUAAACUAUCUAAUUGUACAUCAUCGUCAUCAUCAUCAUCAGCAGCAUCCCGUUCAACGGCGGCGAAGGCAAUGCCUUCCAACUAUAGUAGAUCUGGGUCAUCGAGACCAUCUCUAACAACGACAAGAGACAAGGAGGGAGAGAAAGUUUCCCUGGAACCCAGGUUGGUCCAGAAUAACCCUACUAGUCUUCCGAUGUCCAAACUGAAGGGGCUCAGCAUUAAGAGUAAGAACAAAACCCAGCAGCAGCUUUCCCCGAAACCAGCCAGCGCCGAAAGUCCGGCAGUCCUCAGGAAAGCAAGCAAAACUUCCCCGCUCCAGUCCCCCAAACUGCAAGCUAAGAAGGUAGACUCUCCUCUGCUAACCAGAAAAGCAGCAGCCUCAUCUAGCAGCUUAAAGACUGGCAAACAGUUGGAUCUGAGCAGAAUCAGUAGCAGGAGCCUCACCUCCCUCAAAGCAGGUGACCGAACACAGGACAAGUGCAACCCCAAGUCCAAUCCCACAACCACUACCACGUUGGAGGCAGCACAUUCAGCUAAGUUGGAGCUUCACACUAACAAAGAGGAGCAAGUGACAUCAGCUACUGCUACGUCCAAGGAACAACCGGAAUCAGUCCCAACUACCCAGAGGUCUUUCAUUGAGGUGCGACUCUCAUCUUCCUCUUCUACUCUUCCUUCCUCCUCAUCGUCUACACCAGUUCUGAUGCAAAAGGAAACUGUGAAUUCAAAUAAUUACUCAAUUACUCAAAUGACUCAUAUACCAGAUAUUACGUCACACGUCAAUGGAAGUGCAGAAGAGACCAAUCUCAGGCCUGCUGCCCCUGACUCUGUGUGUAAUCCAGAAAACGUCACUACAAAUGAUUCAGCAGUGAACUCAAUAGGCCUAGAAUCCGUAGAUGUGGUUCCUUUGCCUAUAAACAAUGGUAUCAUAAACAUCUCUCUUAGAAACUCCUGUCUAACAGAUAUGGUUGUGGAAAACCUGAAAGCCAACAAGUCCAAACUGAAGAUGAUGGAGCGCCGUAGUUUCUCCACGGACAACAGCACCCCCGGGGAUCCCAACCCCUUCUCUGUCCGCCAGAGGAUCAAGUCCUUCGAGAACCUGGCCAGCUUCGAUAAGCCAGCGCUCAAAUGUAUCGAGAUCCAGUCCUUCGCUCAGUCCUAUGCUCUGACGGCAACGUUGAAGCCUCCUCUUAACCGAAGACUGUCUGGCUUCAUGUCCGGCUCGGUGAACUCCAUAGACUGCCGCUCGCUACGAAGAAGCUUCAGCUCAUGCGUCGACAACUUUGUCUCAACCCCCUUGACCCCUUUGUCGCCUCAGCUUCGCAAGUCGCCGUCAAGUCUGACUCUCCCGAACUUUGACAUUUUGACACAAAGCUGCAGCACAAACGAAGCUCCACUUGGACAAACACGGGACAAACUCGCGGACGGUGAAAUCUCCAAAAUGUUGCCCCCGGGGGGUGUGACCCUAACUCCUCAAACGCCCCCGGUGAUGCGGCGCCGCCAGGCUCGGGGCCACGCUAACCUGUCCCGAUCCAGAUUGAGGGAGCUCAGGGCCCUUAGCAUGCCCGACCUGGACAAGCUGUACACCGAUGACUUCUCCAGCAACCCAGGGACCAACGGCACAUUUAAGGCGGAGCUGGAGAUCCACCCAGCCAGGUUCACAGAGGCCCUCCAGAACCAGACAGGGUGCUGUCAACUGCCUGCUGAACCCACAGGUGUGCCCCCGACCAGGGCCACUCGGAGCGACGGUGGGGCCAGCCAGGACGCCAUUCAGGGGGAAACCAAUGGUCAAACAGAUCUCAGCAGCUGGUCCAUCAGUUUGACAGUGCUGGCUGGCUCUCCGGUGGAGCAGAGUAGGCUGCAGAUGGUCCUGGCCUCGCUGACCUCCAAGACCGAUGUGUUGGCCCUGCUACAGGAGGCCAAAGCUCUCUCUCAGGUUAAAGAUGAUACCCACUUUGUAGUCUUCUCCAAAGAAGAGGGUUCGGGACUUGGUUUCAGCAUCGCUGGAGGAGUAGACCUUGAGCAGAAGUCUAUAUCUGUCCAUCGUGUCUUCUCCAAAGGGCUAGCUGGCCUGGAAGGUACCAUUCAGCAGGGGGACAGCGUCCUGUCCAUCAACGGCAGCAGCUUGGAGGGGACGUCCCACGGAGAAGCCCUGUCCUGUCUCCACCAGGCUAGACUGUCCUCUCAGGCCCUGGUGGUCCUUCGCAGGGGGAAGGACAGUGAAGGACACAUGUCCCCAAGACACAGUGACCUGUACCACCGCACAGGGCAAAGCUACUUCCCAGGGUGCAGAGACAACGGGCCUGAGACAGCUAGACCAGUAGUGGUGGAAAUGGGUCCUGACGGGGCUCUGAGGAUACAGCUCCUGAAGACAUCAGCUGGUCUGGGCUUCAGUCUGGAGGGGGGCAAAGCCUCGGCGCAUGGAGACCGCCCCCUCAACGUCAAACGAGUCUUCAAAGGUGGUGCUGCGGAGCUGUCGCGGGUGGUGGACGUGGGGGAUGAGGUACUGGAGGUGAACGGGAGCUCGCUGCAGGGCCUCAUGCAUUACGACGCCUGGAACAUUAUCAAGACUGUCAGCAAAGGCCCCGUGCAGCUUGUCAUCAGGAAACAACGGACCUCUGUAUGACUCAACAGACAUAGCGACUGGACAUACAAAGAACUCAUGUGUCAGUCUGGUUGACGUGUAACCUGACACCCAUAGAACUCAUGUGUCAGUCUGGUUGACGUGUAACCUGACACCCCUAGAAUGAAUACGUCAGUCUGGUUGACGUGUAACCUGACACCCAUAGAACUCAUGUGUCAGUCUGGUUGACGUGUAACCUGACACCCAUAGAACUCAUGUGUCAGUCUGGUUGACGUGUAACCUGACACCCAUAGAACUCAUGUGUCAGUCUGGUUGACGUGUAACCUGACACCCAUAGAAUGAAUAUGUCAGUCUGGUUGACGUGUAACCUGACACCCAUAGAACUCAUGUGUCAGUCUGGUUGACGUGUAACCUGACACCCAUAGAACGCAUGUGUCAGUCUGGUUGACGUGUAACCUGACACCCAUAGAAUGAAUAUGUCAGUCUGGUUGACGUGUAACCUGACACCCCUAGAAUGAAUACUUCAGUCUGGUUGACGUGUAACCUGACACCCAUAGAACUCAUGAGUCAGUCUGGUUGACGUGUAACCUGACACCCAUAGAACUCAUGAGUCAGUCUAGUUGACGUGUAACCUGACACCCAUAGAACUCAUGAGUCAGUCUGGUUGACGUGUAACCUGACACCCCUAGAAUGAAUACGUCAGUCUGGUUGACGUGUAACCUGACACCCAUAGAACUCAUGAGUCAGUCUGGUUGACGUGUAACCUGACACCCCUA